ACAAUGCGGUUGGUUCUGUAGGAGGUUUUCUACAACAGUAGAAAUAGUGUAAAAUUUAUUAUAUUAAGUGCAAAUAUAAAUUAUUUGGUGCGCCUGCAAAAACACCAACAUCAUAGGAAAAAAUGGAUGUCGACAAAACAUUACUGAUCCCAAAUAAUGAACACAAAACAGAUAUAAAAACACCUUUUCUCAUUGGUGUGGCGGGUGGAACUGCCAGUGGAAAGUCGACAGUAUGUAAUAAAAUUAUGGAACAGCUGGGCCAAGCUGAUAUGGAUCAAGCGCAGCGGCAGGUUGUCUCAAUCAGUCAAGAUAGCUUUUAUCGUGAGCUAACACCCGCUGAAAAAACGAAAGCUCAAAAGGGUCUCUUCAAUUUCGAUCACCCGGAUGCGUUCAAUGAGAAUUUGAUGUAUGAUUCGUUGCAGGAUAUAUUAAAGGGCAAAAUUGUUAAGGUGCCAUGUUAUGAUUAUCGCGCAAAUUCGCUUGACCAUGAAAAUAUGCUAACUAUUUAUCCGGCUGAUGUGGUGCUGUUCGAGGGUAUACUAGUAUUUUAUUUUCCCAAAAUACGUGACCUCUUUCACAUGAAACUAUUUGUGGAUACAGACUCUGAUACGCGGUUGGCGCGAAGAGUGCCGCGUGAUAUCAAUGAACGUGGUCGCGAUUUAGACGCCGUACUGACGCAGUAUAUGACAUUCGUUAAGCCUGCCUUUGAAGAGUUUUGCUCGCCGACGAAAAAAUUCGCAGAUGUAAUAAUACCGCGUGGUGCUGAUAACACAGUUGCCAUUGAUCUCAUUGUACAUCAUAUCGGAGAAAUUCUUAGACCCGGCGGCAGCACUAACAACUUAAAUGCCUCCUCGUCAGUACACACAACAAUAAAUAGUACAGCUGGCGGCAUGGUGCGCGAACACUAGAAAUAAAUGAACAAACAAACAAUUAGGCAAAACAAUUAUAAAAACAAAAAAAAAUAUUUUACAUAAGAUAGGAAAUAAUUCGAUUGGCAAAUUAAUCAGGCGAGCAAACAUUUACACACAUACACACGCACACAUGCAUACAUAUAUAUAUAAUGUGUCUUGUUAAAUAAACACUUAGAAUGUGCAGUGCACGCUAUCAACACCGCUAAUAUGCAAGCAAAAAACAAAAAGCAAAAACCGCACAAAAGAAGAAAUUAGUAAAAUGCAAAUUGUUUAACAUCUCCGCUAUUGUUUUUUGUAUUUAAUUUUUCAUAGGCUUAAGCUAUACAAUAGUUGUGAGCAAAAUACCAUAACUGAUUUUGUUGGUCAAUAACACACUAAAUUCAUACAUACAGCUAUGGGCAGAAUAAUAGCACACCUGUAUAAAGUACAUUUAACAGUAGUUUCACACAUUUUUUAACUACAAAACGUUUUUUUUAUUAUGAAAAAUGUCAAUUUAGUAUAAAUACAAAAAUCUAAACUUAUGUAUUGUAUAUUCGUUUACUCUUUUAAAUUCAUUUAGCCUGUUAUGUAACAACCUUAGGAGGCAAAGAAAUAGCACGCACAGAAGUACAAGUUGUGCCGUGAAAACUCUGAGCUUAUGUACUAUGGAAAAAGUGUUUAAUUUACAUUUACAUUCCCACGACAGCCAGUUCUACGUUAUGCGAAUGAGACUUGUCACU